GGAUAGGGGAGAACGUCCCCUGUGGGGUUCCAAGACUGUUAUUCUUUGCAGAAGUCGAAAGUCUCCGUCUUUGACCCAGAAUUAAUUAAAAGGAUUUGCCGUGUAUCUUUAUGGGGGCCUACAGAGAUACAUAUAGACGAAUGCCAUCCCUCAUCCAAUACUGAAGCUUUAACCUUUGAGAGAACAUUUGCCAAAUAAAACCACAAGAAAGGUACUAUUCAAGUCAAAUCCUUCAUAAUGCAGAAUUCUUUAUCAGUCCCACUGAAAGAUCAAGGGGAAUCUGGAACAGUACCGAGUGGGAGAGGCGGGCAGACCAAGAGUCACUUUAGGACCAUCGCCCCGAAAAUCGUGCCUAAAGUCCCGGCCUCCAGAGCGCUGCCGUGCCGCUCCCUGCCAUCCUCCCACCACCCGAGCCCAGGGCCCGCCAUCGGCCCCACGUCCCUGGUGAUGCCUUCCCAGAACUACGCCCUGAUGCAGCUCACCGGCCAGGAGGGGACGUUUUCCCUGGUCGCUUUGCCACCCGUCCCCUCAGCACAGAAGCCCAGAAUACCCCUGCCCGAGAACCUGAAGCUGCCGAUUCCUCGGUACCAGCCCCCUAGAAACAGCAAAGCGUCCAGAACGAGCCACAGCCAGCCACAGGUCCAAACCCAGGCGCGUCCUCAGAUGUCCUCUCCCCCACACAGCCGUCCUGAUGGUCCCCACAAAACCGUAUCAUCCCAACAAGCCCUGUCCCCGAAUGAGGCCCCAGGCACCCUUGGCACCACCACUCUGCCCGACGGAGGUGGUCUCAUAGCCUCGGGACCGACACUGACCUCCAGCCGGAGAGGUGUGAACACCCCUUCCCCACCAAGACCACCCGGCCCACGGGAGCCCCCAGCAGGACAGGCCCACCCGAGGGUCUCAGGGACACCUAGCUUUGCGAGCAAGAAAGCCUGCAGCAAACCUUCUACCAUCCACCUCUCAAAAGCCAUGGCCAGUUUGCCCCCCGCCGUCUUGGGCAGUGCUGUUCAGUUGCUCUGGCCUGUCCCCAAAGAGAAAUUGCCCAUCUUACCCUAUGCAAGGAGGAGUACCGCAGACCUGUGCAAAAGGGAGCCCGAGGCACCUGUGGCCACUUUGUCCAGCCCUGGGCACAGAGCCGACUGCUGCUGGGUGCCCUCCGUCACAGGAGGCUCUCCUGCUGCCACCAGAAUGACUGACGAGACCCCCGGCCCACUGGCGUCAGGUCCCUCAGAAAGUGCCCGCUGCCCAGCCCCCAAGUUAGAUCUCCGCCCCGAAACAACCCAGAAUGGUGGUUCGAGCCGGAGAAGGGCAAGAAAACAGAAAUCACCUGAGGAGAUCCUGGCCCUCCCGGGGAAGAAGAGGAAAUGCCUCCCCAGUAAGUGUAGAGACCAUAAGGAACGAGUCAGAAAUGAUCCUCAACAACCCAGGAACCAGAAACCCGUGAAAAAGUACCGUAGCAUCAUGCCCAAGCCUGUACUCGUCACGCCAGCGUUGGCUCCUCUGACCCCACCUGCAGCCGCGCUGCCGCCCCCCGCUCCUGGAGGCCUGCUGGCUCCGAAAGCCCCCGGCCCCCAGCCGACUGCCGGCCCUUCCCCGAAGCCCAGCGUGGCCUUCAGAAGUGGAUGCGCUGGCCCGAGGAAGCCGUGGCACAGAUGUCAGGUCUGUAGCCGUAACUUUCUGUUCAAGCAGCAUCUUCGAGACCACAUGCACACGCACACCCACAGACAGCCUUACAGCUGCCGCAUCUGCCGCAAGACGUACGUCCAUUCCAGCAGCCUGAGCACACACAUGAAGCGUCACCACGGUGAGAGCCGGCCCAAGAGGCUCCUGUGCUGCGAAUUUUGUGCCAAAGUGUUCGGCCACGUCCGGGUCUAUUUUGGGCAUCUGAAGGAGGUGCACAGGGUCUCGAUCAGCACCGAGCCCUCCCCUGGCAAACUGCAACCAGGGGACCUUCCGAAGACCCAGGGGACAGAGGAGGCAGCGGAGAGGGAAAACAACUCAAGCCCCGAAGGAGACCUCUUUCUAAAUCGGGUGGACGAAGUCAAAUUACAAAUCACAUGCAGCCGCUGUCAGAUCAUGACUCAGUCUUUCUCGGAAAUAAACUUUCACCUACUGUAUGUCCAUGGAGAGGAAAUCCAGGGCCGACUCCGGGAAGGCCUUUUCCCGGGAAGCAGAGGGGCUCCCGGAGAGCUGGCAAAACACCCUCCUCCUGACGGGAAGCAGUGUCCGGAGAGGAGAAAGCUCGGUGGGCCUUGUCCCUCCGAGGAAGAAUUACCUGUGUGCCCUAACUGGAAAAGGCAACUCUGCCUUCAUCCUCAGAAGAAGGUGCAAACACAAAUGAAAACCGAAGGAGCCCACUUGGGGCCCAGGGAGCCAGAAGACCCCCAGGGCCCUCCGCAUCCCACCUCUGACACUGUCCUCUUGCACUCCCACGUGGGCUUUCACUGCCUCCUGUGCUCGCAGACCCUGGGCCAGCGGGAGGAGCUACUCCUGCACUGGGCGCAGCAGCACCACUGUGAGGACCCUGGCAGACUGUGGGCGCUCUUCAGUGCCUUCUCCAGCCAGGGGGUGAUCCAUUUCCCAAUGGGAUAGGAAAGGAGACAGGGGAAACAGAGGGGCACUAGGGAGGGUGCCACACAUGGCUUUUCUUGGAGAGCGUUUAUGGGUGGUAAUUCAUUAUGAAAUCCUGCGAGCAAGGCCCCGCCUUCGAGCGAAGAAGCGAUCAUCUUGUAUAUGGUUGUCAAUUCUUAGACGGUUGUUCCCUGGGUGCACAUCCUUCAACGUGUUCAAGUUCUCUGCGCUGGCUCGCCGUCUUAGGCUGUAUCUCAGAAUCAUUGAGAAAAAGGGCUUUGGGAGACUGGAAUGGAGCGGUCUGGUGAGCUUUCUUCAGAGGACACUUUUCCGAAGAAACACCGGGGUGGCCCAUCGUGUGGAUUGUUCAGUGGGAUCCAUUUCCAGGUGGUGAAACCGUGUCAACCUCAAAGAGGGAUCAAGUCGGAUGGUAAAUGUUGAUAUUUGUUCAAUGACUCCCUGCUUUAUUGGACUCUGCGCUCUACAGCUGUCUAGGUGAUAAAGCCAUUAUUUAAAAUC